CCUAUCUCCUCCAUUAUUGCAUGACACCAUGCCCGCCUCAGCCUCCGCCUCCGCCUCCCUCUCUCUCUCCGCAUCCGCCUCUUCGACAACCUCCGCCGCCCCCAAUUCCGAUCUCCUCAUCCGCCUCAGCUCCCCCGACUCCCUAGUCCAGCUCAAAGCUCUCCGCGAGCUCAAGAACCGCAUCAUCGGCAAUCGCACCAAGAAGCUCGCCUUCGUCAAGCUCGGCCUCGUCCCCGCCGUCGCUGCCAUCCUCGCCUCUAAUGCCCAUGCCCAGGCCGAUCACGAUUCUAAUCUCCUUGUUCAGUCCGCCGCCACCCUCGGUAGCUUCGCCUGCGGCUUUGAUGCCGGCGUCAGAGCCGUUCUCGAUGCCGGCGCCUGUUCUACCCUCCUAUUGCUUCUCUCUCAUUCUGAUGACAAGGUUGUGGACGCUGGUGCACGUUCUUUGAGAAUGAUUUAUCAAUCGAACCUGGCUCCAAAGUGUGAUUUUCUUCAGGACAAAAACAUGGAAUUUCUUCUUUCGUUAUUGAAUAGUGAAAAUGAGAAUGUUACUGGACUUGGUGCAAGUAUAAUUAUACACUCGUGCGAGACUAUGGAAGAAAAGAAGGCAGUAUGCAAUGCUGGUGUUCUCAAAAAGCUUGUUAGCCUUCUCGGAGGUUCUCCAAGUCAGAGAGAUAAUAGCUUAGAAUCUCUAGCCACGAUUAUGAAGAACAAUGAUGAAGCUGUUUCUGAGUUUGUGGGAUGUGAAUGUGGAAGAGCCUUGAGUUCUGUUAUAGAAUUAACAAAAGAUAGAUAUCCUCGCACAAGAUUUUUGGCUUCGACCUGCUUGAUUGCUAUAAGAAACACUUCUUCAAGCUAUCUGCAAGAUAUAGGUAUCAAAACCAAGCUGGUUCAUCUCUUACUUGAACUUCAUGAUGACCCCGGUCAAGUUGGAGACGAAGCUCCGUUUGCAUUUUCUAGUUUGAUUUCUCAAAAAGUCGAUCUACAGAGACUAGCACUUGAGGCGAAUGCUAUUGAUAAACUGUACAACCACUUGCAAAAGAAUCAUUUACAUCCUAAACGUUUCGAAGGACUAUUAUUGGCACUAGCUGAUUUAUGCUCAAAGUUGGAGAGCUGUAGGUCUAGAUUCCUGUCGUUGCAGGCAUUGAACUUGGUAUCUGAAGCUCUGAUCCAUGAUAGUUCUGAUGUACGUACUGCAGCUUGCAUUUGUUUAAGAUGCGUUUCUCGCUCUAUCAAGAAUUUGUGUGCAGGUAAUUUUAUGAACGAAAUGAUUGUCCCUCCCUUGGUUCGGCUGUUAGAUGACCCUUCUACUUCAGUCCAGGUUGCAGCUCUUAGUGCUGUUGGAAACAUAGUUAUUGAUUUUACUACGCAUAGGUCAUUAUUUUUACAGUCUGGAGGGGUGAAACAGCUUGUUCAGUUAUCAAGAUCAAUGGAUUCAAAUUUGAGAUUAAAUGCUUUAUGGGCUUUACGGAACUUGAUGUGCCUAGCAGACUACAUGUGUAAACAAGAGAUAUUUAUGGAGCUCACAGCUUCGUCAUUAGCAAGCCUUAUAUCUGACCCUGAGCCUAUUGUCCAAGAGCAGACUCUAGCUCUUGUCCGCAAUCUUGUUGAUGGAUGUAUGAAGUCAGUUGAGCUUGUAUUUGCUGAAGAUGGUUUACUAUUAAAUGCUGUUGGAAGGCAGUUGCAGGGUGCUUCACAAGAUGAAAUUUUGGUACAGGGAUUGUAUGUGCUUAGCAAUAUUGCAAGUGGAAAUGAAGUUCACAAGGAAGCUGUUAUGCAUCAAUUAGUACCAGAAGUAGACAAUGGCGCCCAGUCUCUUAUUCUGAAGUUUUUGCAGAGUAAUGAAAGCCAGUUACGUAUAGCUGCAGUCUGGACCAUUGUUAAUCUUACUUUUCCAUCGAGUCCUGAUGCAUUGAGUCGUUUCCUAAGACUUAACAUUGCUGGCAUUGUUUCUCAAGUGAAGAGCAUGACCAAUGAUCCUUGCCUGGAUGUUAAGCUUCGGGUAAGAUCAGCACUCGGGCAAUUUACGACCUUCAGUGAUGGCUUAACAUGAUACUUUUUUACCCUUGAAUCAGUGGCCAGAAAAGGAUUACACUGAUGCAAUUGUACUAGUUUUGAUGUUACGGUGUACCACAUUGCUUUUAUAAUUUUCCCAGUUAGAGCAGUGUGGAAGCUUUCUAAAUUUGUGGAUACUCCUGACCAGGUUACCUUUGUAAUCUGUUCCACUUUUAUGUAUUUCUUUUUGAACACGUGCCAUGUAUCGAUGUAGGUAUAUCAACUUGGUAGUUAUGGGUUUUUAAAACCUAUCUGUCAAAUACUGUUUCCAUGAUGUACAGAGGUGCAUUUUUCUUGGUUCCAAGUGUAUAAAGAGACCAAUAGGUGGAGUGCUAUUAUAUCGAUGUCCCCGGAGGUUUGAUGAGCAAGGAUGAGCUUAUGUUACUGUGAUUGAUGCAGUGUAGCUUUAUUCCAAAGCUUGGUUACGCUUCUUCAAAGUUCGCAACUCCCUUGCUCUCCCGAAAAGAUGAAACUUUGUACAGCCCUGUGGGAAAGAAUAACCAACUUGUCUUGAAGUAUAUACUGUAUAUGCAACCCAGUACAUUUCCCGUUAGGAAGUACUGAUAUCGUCUGGGAAUUUAUACCAAUUACCAAAUGUGUAUUAAUUGGGAUGUUAUAAGUGAACAAGUUUUCCAGGGAACUUGACCAGAGUACCAGUUCUCUAAUUGAUGUUUUCGGAUUGUCUGUCAGACUCACAGUGCUCGCUAGCGUUUUGCAGUGGACUGAUUUUGUUGUUCCUAGAUUGUCUGGGUCACAGUACUCGCUAACUGCAAAAUG